AAACUGCUGACCGGGGUGACGUGCUCGGUGCCGAGGUCACACGCGAACAUGGCGGGUCGGGACCGAGUCGUUCACCUGCUCAGGCAGCUGCAGCGCGCGGCGUGCAGAUGUCCUGCUCACUCCAGCACCUUCCACCAGGAUGUUGGAGCUGUUCCCUGCACAGUCCGGAAAACCGACUAUGCCUUCGAGAUGGCGAGUACCAGCAUCCGCUAUGGAGGAGGAGUCAGCAGAGAGAUCGGCAUGGACCUGCAGAACCUCGGGGCUAAGAACGUCUGCGUGAUGACGGACAGGAACUUGUCCCGCCUCCCUCCAGUGAAGGCUGUCCUCGAGUCUCUGGUGAAGAACAGAGUCGAGUACAAAGUGUACGACGACGUCCGGGUCGAACCCACAGACUCCAGCUUUAAAGAUGCCAUCUCCUUCGCUAAGAACAACUCCUUCGACGUGUUCGUGGCGGUGGGUGGCGGCUCAGUGAUCGACACAUGUAAAGCGGCCAAUCUGUACGCGUGUCACCCCGACGCUGACUUCUUGGACUUUGUCAAUGCUCCAAUUGGGAAAGGGAAGCCAGUGGGCGGAGCCGUGAAGCCGCUGGUCGCAGUUCCCACGACUGCAGGCACCGGCAGCGAAACCACCGGGGUCGCCAUCUUCGACUACGAACCCCUGAAAGCCAAAACAGGUAUCGCCAGCAGAGCCAUCAGACCCACGCUAGGCAUCGUGGACCCGCUGCACACACUGAGCAUGCCCGAGAGAGUCGCCGCUAACAGCGGCUUCGACGUCCUCUGCCACGCUCUGGAGUCGUACACCGCACUGCCCUACGACCAGAGGAGCCCCUGCCCCACCAACCCCAUCAACCGUCCCGCCUACCAGGGCAGCAACCCCAUCAGUGACGUCUGGUCCCGCCACGCCCUCCACAUAGUCGCCAAGUACAUGAAACGAGCUGUGCGGGACCCCGAGGACCUGGAGGCUCGGUCCAGCAUGCAUUUGGCCAGCGUGUUUGCCGGGAUCGGCUUUGGGAAUGCCGGCGUUCACCUGUGUCACGGGAUGUCCUAUCCCAUCGCAGGAAACGUCAAGAGUCACUCAGCCAAGGGCUACAACGUGGAGCACCCCCUGGUGCCUCAUGGACUCUCCGUCGUCCUCACGUCUCCGGCCGUCUUCAACUUCACGGCCCCAAUGUGUCCGGAGCGCCACCUGGAGGCCGCAGAGAUCCUCGGUGCAGAUAUCCGGCAGGUGAAGCCGGAGGAUGCGGGUUCAGUUUUGGCCGACAUGCUGCGUCAGCUCCUGUUUGAGCUGCAGGUGGAGGACGGACUGGGAGCUGUAGGAUACACCAAAGACGACAUCCCAGCGCUGGUGAAAGGAACCAUCCCUCAGGAGCGAGUGACCAAACUGUCCCCCAGAGCGCACACAGAGGAGGACCUUAGCCGGCUGUUUGAGGCCUCCAUGAAGCUGUACUGAGCUCAGCUGCAGUCCCUCCCCCAGCCACCAGAGGACGCUGUUCCCUGACUGUUAAACCCCUCCUAGGCUCCCAGUCAGCAGUUUAAGCUUUGAUUAUUGAAGAUUUGAUGGAAAUAAUGAAGAUGAAACAGUUUUUCUCAUGUUUAAUCUGUUUAAUCUAACAAACAGAGAAAUAAUUUUGUAAAAUCCAGCUUCACAGGAAAAUAUCAGUUGUGUUUUAGAUGUACGAUUGUGUGUUUCUGCCGCAGAAACUGAUUCUCUCUGCUUUGAAAUGUGAUUAGGAGUCGUUAUAUCCUGAUGAGUUGCUGGAUUUGGAAGCAGUUUUUCAGCUCAUGUUCAAAUAAAGAAUGAGGAGCAGUUUAUGGUUUUAUUUUUACUGAUGAUCGAUUAAAUCUGUGAGAACUUGA